CUUGAGUUAAAAAAUUUUGAGGAAGCAGAAUAUUCGGAUUCUGGCGUUCAAAUCGAUGACAGAAUGAUGCAGAACUGGUUAAAAAUGGUUGAUUUUGAUGAGCAUGGGUUCGUUGACUUCUACGAUUGGAGUAAACUGAUCGAGGAGCAUAGACAACUUGACCAGAUGUUUCAGGUGUAUAACACUAAAACCAAGAAGAUGGAACCUCUGCUGAACACUUUAACGGAGACUGAAGCACGACAAACAGAAAAUAUGAUGAAUCGCAUGGUCCAAAUAAUUGAACAUGCGACAAGCAGAGAUGUACGUACAAUGAUUGACGCAGAGCAGAGCUAUUUUCAACCAGCCAUCGCAAGGCUUGCAUUAGCAAUGAUGAGAAAGUCGGUUACUACAUUUGUGAAUGUACGAAUGGCGUAUUGGAAAGUAGCAGCAGAACUGGUAUUCGGAUUAGAGGUCAAAACAAAUAAGGGACCAGAAGACUAG